UAUCUAUGUGCUCACACUAUUGUUACUCUGCUCCGGUGUUUUCACACACGCUGAAGAGCGCUAAGCGUUUAACUUCAUUUUUUACUUUUGUAGACCCACAAAAGUUUUUGUUGAAGUUUGCAUUGCGCUGUCUGUAUGCAGGCGUGUUUGUGUAGGCACAUCAAUGGAGCUGGAGGGUCAGUGGUGGAAGGGGGAACUUGCAGAGGACAUCUACCAGGCCCUGCGUUACAAAGAGCUGCGGUUGCCUGUGUACAAAGGCCAAUCUCCACAGCUCAGCCUGAGACGAUAUUUUGCAGAUCUCAUUGCUAUAGUGAGCAAUCGUUUCAAGCUGUGCCCGGCGGCCAGACACCUUGCUGUUUAUCUUCUGGACCUAUUCAUGGACCGCUAUGACAUAUCAGUACAGCAGCUUCACAUGGUAGCACUGUCCUGUUUGCUUUUAGCCAGUAAGUUUGAGGAGAGAGAAGACCGUGUCCCAAAGCUGGAGACGCUCAACAGUCUGGGUUGUAUGAGCUCUAUGAACCUGGUGCUGAGCAAACAGGGUCUCCUGCACAUGGAGCUGCUGCUGUUGGAGACCUUUCAGUGGAACCUGUACCUCCCCACGGCGGCCCACUUUAUAGAAUACUACCUGCCCGUCGCCGUGAACGAGUCGGACCUGCAUGACGGCUGGCCGAUGACAUGCAUGGAGAAGACCAUGCUGUACAUGUCCAAAUAUGCUGAUUAUUUCUUGGAGGUCUCUUUACAAGAUCAUGUAUUUCUGAGAUACGUUCCCUCUUUGGUUGCCGCAGCGUGUGUGGCGGCUUCUCGAGUAAUCUUGCGGUUGUCUCCAACCUGGCCUCCACGACUCCAGUGUCUUUCAGCUUACAGCUGGGAACAGUUGUUACCAUGCGUGGAGAGACUUUUACUUGCCCACGACAGUGAUGUAAAGGAAGCAAACAAGCAGAAAUGCCAGCAGCCAAGCGCUCAAUCUGCGCAGUCGGUGUACCCUGUCCAGGGUCAAAGUGUGACUUUGCAUCAGUACAUUCAACGGCCAAACUCGCAGUACGUCCAGCAGAGCUGCCAGCCGGUGGUGGUGUCCGCUCCGGGCCCUGCAACAUACCUGACACACACAGCCUCAAUGCAGGUCUCCACGGCCUCUUUGCAUGGGCUCGGGCAGACCCAGACCAUGUCCGUACCAAUGGAUGCCAAAGUGAAUAUGCCUAGUAGGGCUUAUCAGGUGAACACCCUGUACCCCUGUCCGGCACCUUGCUUUGACAGGUGAUUGACUGGCUGGACCACAACACGGCACGGGAGUUUGCUUUAAUGUGUGCAUUGGGAUUACCAACACAGGAUGGAAACCCACUGCUCUGACAUGCUACCAAAGGGCUGUUUAAUUCUGUAUUUUUAUUUUAAAGAAUUAAGGUGAAAAGUGUUUAAUCACUGUAAUGUUGAUAAAGAGGUGGCAGGUAAUCAGAAAUGUGCAAUAUUAUGAUGCUCAUGCGCAUCACCCACUGAACUCGACCUUGUGCGGUUUCAUUUGUUGUGUUAUGUUUACUGAAUAGUAAAAAUAUAAUUUACCGGCAUGUUUCGUACAUGAAGAUAUCACGCACGUGUGAAGUAACUUUGUACAAGAGAUUACUGUGGUUUUUACUUACACAAGCAAGUUUUGCAACUGUUAAUUUACUCUACCUCAUUGAAUGUAGACCUAUUGUCUUGCGACCCUACAAAUGCACUUUGAUACAGUGUUAAUUUUUCUUUUAAUAAAAAUGCUACAUUUCUGUUGUAGCUAGAUUUA